AUGGCCGCCCGGGUGCAGCAGCUGGUCAGCAAGGCCAAGUCCACGGUCGCCCCGAUCUACUCCACCGCUCGCAAGGAGGUGGUAAAGCAGUACGACGGCCUGCUGUCCAAGAACUCCGAGUACGUGGUCAAGGACCCUGAGCAGGCCAGCAAGCUGCUGAAGCAGUACACAUUCACCAAGCUGGCCAGCAUUCCCGAGGGCAUCGCCACCUGCAAGAAGGAGGCCGCUGCAGCGAGGCACCGUCUGGGGCAGUGGCGCGACCUUCCCGUGACAGAGGCGGCAAUGUAUGCUGGUUUCGCGGCGGAGGUCUUCGCAUGGUUCUGCGUCGGCGAGAUCGUCGGCCGCGGCGGCAAUGUCGCUGGCUACAGCGUGUAG